AUGUCGACUGCUACCGACCAGGUAGUUGUGUCCGGCGAAGGUGAGCAAUCUGCGAUUUCGCAGGAUCUUGCUUCGCCACCGGAAAGCAACAAUACAAUCAGAACCGAUCCAUCAAGCGACUCAGAAUUAUCCGACGUUGACCUCUCAGCAGAUGAUGCCAUUGAACCAGAGCAUUGGGAGGAUGAUGGCAGAGUUCCUGUUUUUAUGCCAACCAUGGCUCAAUUCAAGGACUUUAAUCUCUUCAUGGAUAAAGUCAACAAAUAUGGUAUGAAAUCUGGGAUUGUUAAGGUCAUUCCUCCACCCGAAUGGAAAGCUGCCCUUCCACCGCUCGACGAUGCUAUUAAAACGAUUAGAGUAAAGGAUCCGAUUAAGCAAGAUAUCAUGGGUCAGAGCGGAACAUACCGACAAGCUAAUAUUCUCCACCAACGUUCUUACAAUCUUCCACAAUGGCGACAGUUGUGCGAUCAGAGUGAACAUCAACCUCCUGCCAAGAGAGGUGAGAGGAGAGCCAAUAUCGAAAAAGCUAAAGUUGCGACAAGAGCCAAAGCUCCUUCGACAUCAGGAGCUGUUGGUGGGAAGAGGAAGCCAGGGAGACCGUCUAGGCUUAAGACAAAUGCUACAGUCGAUUCAGAAGACGGGACUCCAGAUCGUUUACCAACUCCAAUAUCUCCGAAAACCGAAGGCGAUGCGUCGUCUGUCAAGCAAGAAGGAGAUGAGGAUGAUAUACCUAUUAAACCAAGGGGGGGACGGCAACCCAAAGCCAUAUCUGUUUCUUCCCGUCGUAAGAAUAAUCGUCGCGAAACAGGAGUGGUGGAUGAAGCUGCGUUUGAGAACUUCAAGUAUGAGCUAGAGGGCGAAGAUUACUCGGCAGAGAGAUGUGAAGAAUUGGAACGACACUAUUGGCGUACUCUCACAUUUGCUCCACCCCUCUACGGAGCAGAUAUGAUGGGUUCACUUUUUGAUGAUAGAACGACCGAGUGGAAUCUUGGAAAGCUGCCUAACAUCCUUGAUCAUUUGGGUGGUCAAAUUCCUGGUGUCAACACUGCGUAUCUUUACUUGGGUAUGUGGAAAGCUACUUUUGCCUGGCAUUUGGAGGACGUCGAUCUUUACAGUAUCAAUUAUCUUCACUUUGGUGCACCGAAGCAAUGGUACAGUAUUUCUCAAGGAGAUGCACGACGAUUUGAGGCUGCGAUGAAAAAUAUAUGGCCAGCGGAUGCAAAAGCUUGCAGCGAAUUUCUUCGUCACAAAACAUUUUUGAUAUCACCUCAGCACUUAUUGUCGAACUAUAAUAUCAAAGUCAACAAGAUCGUUCACCGGCCAGGCGAAUUCGUCAUUACUUUCCCAUACGGAUAUCACUCUGGAUACAAUCUCGGUUACAAUUGCGCUGAAGCUGUCAACUUUGGCUUACCAUCAUGGAUUGAAUAUGGAAAGGUGGCCAAGAAAUGCGAUUGCGAUCAAGCUCAGGACAGCGUUUGGAUCAACGUUCGAGAUCUAGAACGUAAGAUGAAUGGCGAAGAGACUGAAUAUGAAACCGACUUCGAUGAGGAGGAAGAGGAAGAAGAUGACGAAAAUGAACCGACGGAUCUUCCGACACCCCCUGAUAGCAGUGGUGACGCAAAGGUCAAGACUAAAGCCCAACGCAAGCGUAAGCGCGUCAAGAGUGAAUCAGACGACCAGCAAAAUGUGAAGAGAAUUCGUAUGCGCAUCAAAGCGCCAGCUCACGAACCAUGUGUCCUCUGUCCCAACGACAUUCCUUCCGAACCUCUACUUUCGACGGAGGAUGGCAAACAGGCACAUCGUAUGUGUGCUCAGUACAUUCCAGAAACAAUCAUUGAAGAAAUGGAGAAGAAGGAAGUUGUUACGGGCAUUAAGGAGAUUUCCAAAGCUCGAUUUGACCUCAAGUGCAACUAUUGCCGUUCGAAGAAAGGUGCAUGUUUCCAAUGCUCGAAGAAGAAGUGUACAAGAGCAUAUCAUGCGACAUGUGCAGCAGCAGCUGGCGUGUUUGUUGAGCAGGGCGAGAUUCCAGUGUUUGGUGAGGAUGGCACUGAGUAUAAAGAGUGGGGCAUUGAAUUUAGUUGUCGCUUCCAUCGCGUUAAACGGGACAAGAAGCUUGACAGCGAGUCUCUCGAGGAAGAUGUUCGUAUUCGCAAUGGUGCAAAGGAGCUAAAGGUCAACGAAGUCUGUCAAAUGCAAUUUUACAAAGGGGAUAUCUUUGCAGGUACUAUCAUUGAGAACCGGGAAGAUGAGGAGACAGUGCUCGUUGAUAUCCUGCCACAUGGUGAUCGUGUUGAAGUCGAAUAUAAGUGGAUUCUUAUUCCCGACCAAUCAUUCUUCACUCUUGCUAAACCAUCCGAGAAGGCAAUCCCCAUGCCGAAAUCUCGUAUUGAAGCAGCGUCACUCAAUACGACAAAGCGUCAAGUCGAUGACAUUCCAAGACCUGAGGAUGUAUUUGUCAAGGGCUUUACAUGGGCAGAAUUUAACACGGCGAGUAUUGCACGCAAUGCAGCACAGGUCAAAUUAGAUUUGAGCAAAGAGAACCAAGUUUGGUAUUAUCUUGGAAAGAACUCUACAGAGGCCAGAGCACAGUUUACGGAGAAUUUGAGGCUCCAAAGACACAAUCCUAAGGGUCAUUUCCUUGACACAAUUCCCAAGGCAGUUGCGCCUGCGCCACGUCUAUCAUAUGCAGCUUCAUAUCCUACGCCCUCGAAUAAAAGUUCUUCGAGCGUCACAAAGAUGCCGACCAGUAAUCCUCCAUACACUGGCCCCAUCGCCCAGGCAAUACAAAACACGAGUACUAGCAAAAAUUUUAGCCAAUCAGCGCCAUCUACGGCAGCUCCCCCAUCCUCGGUCGCAAGGCUAGAGAAGCCAUAUGUGUACAAGCCUCGUAAACCUGGAGAUGAUUAUCACAGUGGCUUGAUUGAUGCACAAUCAUACCAAUCUCAGCAGGCUUUCUUGCGACAAUCAGCGGCUUCCAGGCCUGCCCAAGUACCUGCGGGCGGCCUCAGGUUUGGUAGUGAUCCCAGGUUCCAGAAUAACCCGGGUUCUUCUGCAGCUCCUUCUGCAGCUUCUUCUGCGACUCCUUCUGCGGUCGCAGCUCCAAAAGCUAGUUAUACUCCACAAGCUAGUUACGCCCCUCCACCCGCCAACUAUGCUCCACAAGUCAAUUAUGCCCCACAAGUCAAAUAUGCUCCCCCGCGCCAGCCUUAUCAAGCAGCUACACAACGUCAAACACAAGUAACUGCGAGUCCUCUGGCUCCACCGAAUACGAACUACCGAGCACCUCAGUCAGCAUCGAAAGGAAAUAAUCCUUUUAGCAGCAGGGCGUCUGCUCCUAAGGUAGGAAACGUGUUUGCGAAGUAUCUCUACUUGCAAAUUGAGCAUAAUCGCUCGCCCAUGGAAUAUAAAAGCCCCUACAGAGAAGGUGGAGGAUUCAUGAAUGGUUAUCAAGGCAACUGGACCGAGCAUCUAAAGAAGACUUUAUUUGCAAAACCAGGUUCGAGCACAGCUCCAUCCCCACCUUCAGUUUCUUCCUACGCUGGCGGUGGCGUCGGCAACAAAUUAUCCUACUCUAGUCCAGCCUAUGGUGGUACCACAUCCUAUAACUCCAAAUCUACUCGCAGUCCCUAUUCCUCCAAUGGGUCGCAAUCAUAUUCUUCGGCAGUAUCAUCUGGAAGAUCAAGCUAUGCUUCACCUUCCAUCCCCAGAAAACAGCAGACUCCCACACAACAGGCUCCGCCGAAGCCUUUCGAUACCAAUCAAUGGGAAAGAAAGGACCAUUCGCCCUUGCACCCAGCAAUUCGAAAGGAAUACAGUUCGAUGUUCCAUAAACAUCAUGUACCACAGCCACGGGAUCAUCAACAACAAACUCACCAGCAGCAGGGUCAGCAGCAAAAUCACAAAAGUCAUUAUUCUACUCAAUAUCAAAAUCCUUUACACCGUCCAUAUGGGAGCCAAAGUUCUGGACAAAAUGGAUACGUGUCCCAAACGUCGCAAACAACGGAGUCCGACCAAGUUCAGAAAUCCCAACAAUCUCAACCACCACAAUCUCAAUCUCAACCCCAACCGGCACAGCAGGCUACUCAUAAUUCAUUAUCACAGCCUCAACUAGCUGUAAAUGCUACUUCGACGACUCCUCUUACCCAGCCAGAUCCCAGUCAGCAAUCACACGGCCAAGUAGGAUGA